AUGGAGGGCGGCAAGGAGGCCAUGGAGCAGGCCGACAUCGUCGUGUUCGGCGGCGGCUCGUUCGCCACCGCGCUGGCCUACGUUCUCUCCAAGAACCACCACACCGUGACGCUGCUCACCCGCAACGAGGCCGUGGCCCAGUCCAUCAACGAACAGCACCGCAACCCCAAGUACCUCUCCGCCUUCACGCUGCCGCCCAACGUGCGCGCGUCGACCCGGGCCGAGGACGUGGUGCCGCAGGCGCGCUACAUCGUGCACGCCGUACCCGUGCAGGCCAGCCGGGAGUACCUCCAGCGGCUGGCGCCGCUCAUCGCGCCCGACACGCCGAUCAUCUCCUCCCUGUCGCGCAACCGCACGGUGGGCAAGCGCCUGGGCUCGGGCGAGUCGCUCGAGAGCAUCCUCGCGACCAUGGAGGAGGUGGCCGAGGGCGUGGCCACGACGCCGGCCGCGUGCAAGCUGGCCGAACAGUACGGGCUCGACCUGCCCAUCAUCAAGGCCGUGGCGGCCAUCCUGCGCGGCGACCUCCAGGCCCGCGAGGCCGUGCUCCACCUCAUGACCCUCCCUCUCUCCGACGAGAAGACCUGGUAG